UGAUGUCCUGUGGGACAAACUGAAGAGCAGAAAGGUGCCGGCAGAGCUGUUGCGCAUCUUGCAGUAUUGGUAUUAUAAUCAAAUGAAUUGCGUGAGAUGGGCUGAUAAAUUGUCGGAUACGUACAGGUUGGAGUGCGGGGUAAGGCAGGGGGGCAUCACCUCGCCUAAGCUGUUCAACCUGUAUGUGAAUGACCUGAUUGUCGAGCUCAGCAGCAGGCGGAUAGGGUGUCGCGUAGAUGAUGUUACCAUCAAUAAUAUCAGUUACGCUGAUGAUAUGGUGUUGUUGAGUCCGACAGUCAGAGCACUCAGAGAGCUGCUGGUAAUAUGUGAGAGGUAUGCUUUAACACAUGGCUUGACAUACAAUGUCAAAAAGAGCGAGUACUUGAUGUUUGGCCGUCUGUGGCAAAAGUCUGAUUAGGUCCCACCCAUUACAUUAAAUAGCGUAGAUCUUAAAAGAGUUUCCCAAUUUAAAUAUCUUGGCCACUUUGUAACCGACGACCUUAAGGACCAAACAGACAUAAGGGAGCGGAGGGCGCUGGCGGUCCGAUGUAACAUGUUGGCCCGGCGGUUUGCGCGCUGUGGUGAGCAGGCAAAAAUCAAGCUUUUCAAGGCCAUUAGCGCCUUUCGUGUUCAGUACAAUAACGGCUUCAGGAUGCUGAUGGGGCUGCCUCGCUUCUGCAGCGCGUCGGGAAUGUUUGCGCAGGCUCGUGUCGAUGACUAUUACGCCAUCAUGCGCAAAAAGACGGCCUCGCUGCUCUGCAGAUUGCGGGCCAGCACGAACUCCAUCCUGAUGACCGUAGCAGGGAGAUAUGAUUCCCCCAUGAUGCGACAUUUUUUGCAGGUCCUUGUUAGCAAAACGUGUUCAUCAAUUUGCUGA